CUAGUAUCAAAUAACGUGUUAUAAGGUUGGAUAUAUAUGUUGGAAAAAACCUGGCUAAAAUAAUAGUUUUACAGGUUUCGGUUGGAUAGCUAAUAUCAAGAGGAUCUCAUAAUUAACUGACAUAUAUUUCCGUGUAUAUUAUAAGACACAUCGGUGUGUGAAUAUACAUAACUUUAAAUAAAAGGGAGGUAGAAAUUAGGACAUGAAUGAGGGCGCCUCGUUUAUUUUAUCAGCAAAAUAUUGAGUUGUGAGAAAUGGAGAAGUCCUUAUAUCCACCUGAACCGCCGCCUUCAUAUGAUUCUUUACCAGGGAUAGUGCAACAGCAACCGUCGGCACCACCCCCACCAGUUAUGCCGAUGCAAGGUAUGUCGAGAAUGCCGGGGUUGUCAGAAAUGCCGGGUAUGUCGGGAAUGCCACCCGCACAGAUACUUUGGAUGACCCGGCCACUAGGUCGAGUCACCUGUCCUCGUGGUUUAGAAUACCUAAACCAACUGAAUAAGCUGUUCAUACACCAAGAGAUAGACAAUAGUCCUGGAGGGAUGUAUGACGAAAGCGCUUACUGGUACAAGAUAAUGAAUGCCAAUGGCCAACAGGUGUUUACAGCAAUUGAAGAUCCUUCAAACACGAGUGGCACCUGUGUCUGCCUUCCCGGACAAAGAGGCUACAACGUCCGGAUCAAAGACAAUAUUAACAAUGAAGUGAUGAGAGUUACACGUGACCCAAUCUGCUGCUCGUGCUGUCCAUGCCUUGGCUGUGAACACGUGGUCAAAAUAGAAGCCCCUGUCGGUCAGGUCAUAGGUUAUUUUAAGAGCCAAAAAGGCUGCGGUAGCAUUACAUUCACGAUUUCAGAUGCUGGAGAUCAGGUGGUGUUCAUUAUUAAAUUUCCGGCAUGCGCGACAUCAUCGUAUCAACAAGCACAAGAAUAUCAGGUAUUAGCACGUGAUGGCAUAACUCAGUUGGCAAGAUUUACCAAACACUGGGGCAAGAUAGAGGAUUCCAUCCGCUUGAAAAAAUUCUCAUUAACUUUUCCUAUGGAUUUAGAUGAGAGAAUGAAGGCUGUGUUGCUUGGAACAAUUUUCGCAAUUGAUGUUAUGUAUUAUCCACCAGUUGAAAGUGAAAGUGAUCCCAGUAUGUGAAAAUGACAGUUAUAAGUUUGGCGGAGAAAAGAAAACUUAAAAAAAGACACAUAAUUAAUGGAUUUGGAGUUUUCAGCUGAUUUUUAGCUCGUGCAAUCAGAAAUGACAAUUUCAAAAAAUCAAUUUUCUUAUUUAUUUGUUUUAUGAUAUUGAUUGUAAAAUGUAAUUUAAUGCAUUAUGUAGCUACGAGUAUGGUAAACAUGUAGUUACUAUUGUUAAUGUAUCUACGACUUGUUAUAUAAAUCUUCUAUUGACAAUGUA